AUGAGAGCCGACACAAUUGCCUAUCCUCCUCAGCCCAAGCAAGUCUUUUCUUCCAUUCUAGCCGCGCAGGACCAGAAAGCUUAUCCUGGAAUACAAGAAGAGAACGCGGAUGAAGAAUACUUUAAUCAGAGACAAGACGGCCUUCUUAGCCUUAUCUUGGGUGUACAGUCCUAUCUAUCAGAAGUGUCCAAAUCACAGCCUGGCGAGCAUAAUUCCCCUCUAUUUGAUCUUCAGCACAAAAUGUUCAUGUACUUGAAACAGCGCGACUUUCAAGUGGAGUUGGAUUUCAGUACAGUCUGA